AUGGCCGGGGAGGGCGUGCCUGCGGGGCCGUCCGCGGGCCCCCCUCCCCGUGACGCACACAUCGACCACGAAAUCCCCAAUGCGCACGGCAGGCCAGCGACCGAGGCGGGCGGUGAACCCCCCUGGAGCGUUUCCCGCCCCGCGGAGGCGGCCAUACCGCAGAUGGAGGUCCUGUCGGACGGCGAGAUGAAGCGUCUCUUCCGGGUGGUGUAUUCCGCGGUUCUGGUCGGCACCAUCUCCAUGCGGACGCCCGUGAUGUGCGCCUCUGCUGCCAGCCUCUGCCCCGUUCCGCAGGACAUCGCCCUGUCGAUCAACCUCAUGGUCACCCUGUCCAUUGGCUACCUGUCCAUGUUCCUGUACUUCAUGAGGAGGGCCUUCGUCCUCUUUGCAGAACGGAGCUAUGUGCGUUACAG